UGUUAAUUGUAGAACAGCUUUGUAUUUUGUACGACUGCAAAGUAAUUGAUGAACGCCUGUUGCAUCAGUUAUGCAACAACGUUAAUUGUAGUUUAGAGUACAAGGACGUUUCUGAAGUUUGGAAGAUCGCGCUUCUACGCGUUAAUUCGUGGUUUGUCUCAUAGAUGGUGUUCAUGUUAUUCCUUUAAGAUGCAUACACACCAAAAGGACGGAAAUAAACCGAACAAAGCCGAAUACAGCCGAGUCGUAAUAUCUGUUUAUACCGGUAGUUUGUGGGCAUACUUUCACGUAUCGUGACUACAAAAUUAUGCUAAAAUCCGGAAUGUCUAUAUUCCAGAUUUUAUUCGAUUUAUUCCAUAUAGUAUAUAACGGUUCAUAUUUAUUAUUAAGAAAAAUCCUAUAGAAAAGUCGUGUGCAUUAUGGCGCGUUUAGCCAUACCGUGUGACGAAACAUAGGUGAGGGUAAUAGCAGAAUGAGCUCAGUUCGUGUCUCCAGACCUGUCAACGUAACGGUUCUAUAUCCGUAUUGUGAAAUCGCGUAAAAUAAUUGUAUCGAAAGUUCAAUAAUUUUCGUUUACCGUAGUCUAAACUACUUGGUUCUGUACGAUAAACACGUGACACAAACUAAUCAUCAAUAACGCGAGUGAACAAAGUUUCUGAUCUUUGAGCCGAAUAGUUUGAAAAAUAAGCAUUUAGUGAUCAGUGGUGAUCGCGAUAGACUAGUUAGGGCGUAGUCGUCGUACAAGAUGAGUUACUACGGCGAUGGAAAUGGAACAACCCUCAACGAUGUGUUCGUUAAAACGGCGGUCGAAGUCAAACGCUUUCUUCCAUCACUUUUCAACAUCAAAGUGUUAGGAGAAAAGGGUUCUGGCUUCAGACCCCGAGGAGCAGUUCAAGACUUCAACACGCUUAAGCGAGAAUGUUUGUCGACGGGAACACUUUUUGAGGAUCCCGAAUUUCCAGCAAAUGAUUCGUCGUUGUAUUUUUCGAAAAGGCCGGAUAGAUACAUAGAAUGGAAACGACCGAUGGAAAUCGCGGACAACCCUCAACUGUUCGUCGAGGGUUUUUCCAGGUUCGACGUUCAGCAAGGCGAGUUAGGAGACUGUUGGCUACUGGCUGCGGUCGCGAAUCUCACUAUGGAUCAAAAUUUGUUUUUCCAAGUAGUCCCAGAAGAUCAAAGUUUCGAAGAAAACUACGUCGGUAUAUUUCACUUCAGAUUCUGGCAGUACGGUAGGUGGGUGGAUGUAGUAAUUGAUGACAGAUUGCCGACCUAUCGGGGUGAAUUAUUAUAUUUACAUUCGGCGGAGGUCAAUGAAUUCUGGAGUGCUUUGUUGGAGAAAGCAUACGCAAAGCUUCAUGGUUCCUACGAGGCGUUGAAAGGUGGAACUACCUGCGAAGCCAUGGAAGAUUUCACGGGUGGUGUAACAGAAAUGUAUCAAAUGGACGAAACUCCUCCAAAUUUAUUUAAUAUUCUGUUAAAAGCUUAUGAAAGAAACUCGCUAAUGGGCUGUUCCAUAGAGCCUGACCCAAAUAUAUUGGAAGCUGAGACGCCCCAAGGACUGAUCAGAGGCCAUGCUUACAGUAUUACACGUGUUAAACAUGUAGAAAUUCAAACACCGAACCAGUAUGGCAGAAUACCUUUGCUUAGGCUUCGAAAUCCAUGGGGUAACGAAGCAGAAUGGAAUGGUCCGUGGAGCGAUCAGUCACCAGAAUGGAGAUUUAUCCCCGAUCACGAGAAAGAUGAAUUAGGCUUGACUUUCGAUAUGGACGGUGAAUUUUGGAUGUCGUUCCAGGAUUUCACUCGAUAUUUUACACAAUUAGAAAUAUGUAACUUGAAUCCAGAUUCAUUGACCGAGAGCGAUUUAAGUGCUGGUAAGAAGAAAUGGGAGAUGAGCGUAUUUGAAGGAGAAUGGGUACGUGGUGUUACAGCAGGAGGUUGUAGAAACUUUUUAGAAACCUUUUGGCAUAAUCCACAAUACCGAAUUACGCUGGAAUAUCCCGAUGAAGAUGACGAUAAGUGUACAGUUAUCGUUGCAUUGAUGCAAAAAAAUAGGCGAGCACAAAGAAGAAUGGGUGCAGAUUGUCUGACUAUUGGAUUUGCAAUAUACCAUUUGGACUAUCCCGAACGGUUACCAAAGCCACUGGAUGUUAAUUUCUUCAAAUACAAUGCAUCUGUUGCAAGAUCACCAGCAUUUAUAAAUUUACGAGAAGUGACGUGCCGUUUCAAAUUGCCACCUGGUGUCUAUUGUAUAGUUCCAAGUACAUUCGAUCCUAACGAGGAAGGCGAAUUUUUGUUGAGAAUCUUCUCUGAAAAUAAAAAUAAUAUGGAAGAAAAUGAUGAAGAAGUUGGUAUUGGAGAAAUUGACGACAGGGUCAUUAAUCCUAAAGGUGAUAACGAACAUGGAGAUGGUGAUAAAGUUCGAGAUGAACCAGAUCAAGACCGAAACACAGAGAAAGUUCGAGAGUUCUUCAAAAAACUUGCCGGUGACGAUCUGGAAGUGGAUUGGUUGGAACUAAAAGAAAUUUUAGACUAUGCAAUGCGAAAAGAACUACCACAGUUGGCGCGUCAUAGUGAGGCUCAUGCCCCUGAAAGUGUACAAGGAAAUGGUUCGUUUAUCGACACUCUCAUCUCACUGCUGUGCGGCAUUGUUUGUAAUAAUGAACAGUACAAUAAAACUGUAGAAACAAAUGGUAAAGGAUUCAGUAAUGAUGUAUGCCGUAGCAUGGUUGCUAUGCUAGAUGUCGAUCAUUCUGGAAAACUUGGGUUUGAGGAAUUCAGAACAUUAUGGAAUGAUAUACGAAAAUGGAGGGCUGUGUACAAAUUAUACGACAAAGAUGAGUCAGGAUACUUGAGCGCAUUUGAAUUGAGACAGGCAUUAAAUAGUGCGGGAUAUCGACUCAAUAAUCACAUUUUAAACAUCUUAGUUCAUCGUUAUGGAACGAAGGAUGGUAUGAUUACUUUCGAUGACUACAUAAUGUGUGCAGUCCGACUGAAGACAAUGAUAGAUAUUUUCAGAGAGCGAGAUCCAGAUUUAACUAAUACAGCAACGUUCACGAUGGAAGAGUGGAUAGAGAAAACGUUAUAUUCGUAAUCUGAUGCGUGUGUCAAAAUUCUUGAUAACGAAAGAUAAAUACGUCCGUAUCUUUAUUUCAUUGUAU